CUAACAGCAAGCAUGGUUGCUUCCUUAAAGACAAUGGAAACUCUUUUAACAUGGCAUUGUUGCACUUAUGUACAUGAGACCGUCUUAUUAUCCAGGAUUCGGUCUCCCAGACUAGGGCCAUGGACUGUUUUGAAGUUACGUAAGCAGCUCUGACGGAUAUGUCUUCGAUAGAUAUUACAGCAUGCAACUGAAGAAGCAAGACGCUAUUCCCAACUUCCGGAUGGAUGUCCAUGUCCAUGGUUCGCGAGCUGGUCUUGGUCGUCCCACUGCGCUUGGCAUAGGGGGCUGCGCAGGGCGCACUGAUGCUGCAAGCUGCAUGGUUCGCUGGGGUACAUUUAUUUUAGCCACCUUACCUCACUGUGGAGGGGUCACCAUCAACUCCGCGUGUUACUUCGCCAGGCCAGUUACCAGAAUCCCUCAUCCACCACCACACACGAGUACUAUUUUGACAGACGAUGCGCGGAUACCACGGACCUACCUCCAUAAAAUCCAAAGACUAUCUUUUGCAUACCCUCUCUUUGCUGCCUAUCGUGCAUGGUUUAGAUUCGAAAACAGCUUUGUAGCGGUCUAGGAAGCGCAAGUGACACGCCGGAACGGAAUCGGGAAUCAUGGCCGAAGUAGACGUUGCGCCGACCUUUGGAUCGGAGCUCAAGGAUGGCUUCAAACCGGCGAAUGCCUGGGUUGCUAAUGGCAUCGCCUGGCUCGACGAUAUCCAGUCCUUCUACCGUGAACGAAGUGCCAUAGAGAAGGAGUACAGUGCCAAGCUCAAUGCGCUGGCCAAAAAGUACUUUGAAAAGAAGGCGAAGAAGUCAACCAGUCUGAGCGUCGGCGAUACUCCUACCAUGACCCCUGGCUCGCUCGAGAGCGCAUCCCUCACCACAUGGACGACCCAUCUUACGACGUUAGAAUCUCGAGCCGAAGAACACGAUCGUUACGGAAACGAACUUGUGACCAAAGUAGCCGAUCCCCUCAAGGUCAUCUCGGGACGAUUCGAAGAGCUACGCAAGCGCCAUGUCGAGUACGCCGAGAGGCUGGAGAAGGAGAGAGAAUCAUCGUAUGCCGACCUGCGGAAGCAAAAGACCAAAUAUGAUGCUGCUUGCCAGGAGGUGGAGAGCAAGCGGAAGAAGACUGAGUCCUCCUUCGACAAGGCCAAGGCACAGAGCUCUUUUCAGCAGCAAAUACACGAGAUGAACAACGUCAAGAAUACCUACCUCAUUGCGAUCAACGUCACCAACAAGCAAAAAGAGAAAUACUACCACGAGUACCUGCCCGAAGUCAUGGACAGCCUCCAGGAUCUUUCCGAAUUCCGAACCAUCAAGCUCAACUCUCUGUGGACCGUGGCUGCAAAUCUCGAGACCAGCAUGCUCCAACAGAGCUUGGGGCAGAUUCAGCACUUGACCCAGGAGAUCACACGCAACCAGCCUCACCUCGACUCGAUGAUGUACAUUAGGCAUAACAUGGGCGCCUUCCAAGAGCCGGCGGACAAGGUGUUUGAGCCCAGUCCAGUAUGGCACGACGAUGAAUCAAUGGCCAUUGACGACCCGGCCAAGGUUUAUCUACGAAACGUGCUCAACAAGUCCAAGAGCCAGCUGGGAGAACUUCGCCGCGAGGUCGACAAGAAGAGGCGUGAAGUAGAAGGAUUGAAGCGGACAAAGCAGAACGUUAGGGAUGGAAGGGAACAGAAAGAUGAGGUCACAGUUAUUGCGCAGCUUUUCAUGAUCCAGGAAGAUCUACACCAGGCCGACCGAAAGCGUCUUACAGCCGAGGUUGAGACAUCAACCAUCACCUCUGUCGUGGGUGAUGUUACUCUCGGCGCUAGAAACCACAACUUCAAGUCGCAAACAUUCAAAAUCCCCACCAACUGCGACCUUUGCGGGGAGAGGAUAUGGGGUUUGUCCGCCAAGGGAUUCGACUGCCGAGACUGCGGGUACACUUGCCAUAGCAAAUGCGAGAUGAAAGUCCCAGCCGAGUGCCCAGGUGAACUCAACAAGGAGGAGCGCAAGAAGAUCAAGCAGGAACGACAGGAGGCUGCUAACGCUCUGUUGAAGCCUAGCAAUGGGCCACCGGAUCAUGUGGCGGAACUCCCUGCUCUCGGCAGGUCAGAGACGAUCAGCUCGGUCAAUUCGGGAUACGCUGCCAGUGCGCAGCGGUCGAUGACCUCUCCAUCGGAGGAGACACCUCCCGAGAUUCCCAGCGCUACGAGACCAGGCUUUACGCCGGCAGCUUCGACGACGACUGUUAGGAAGAACCGAGUCGUUGCGCCUCCACCGGCGGCGUAUAUUAGCGAGUUGCCGGGUAGCACGCCCAGCUCCAAUGGGUCAGCGGAGAAGAAGGGGAAGAUGCUGUACACGUUUGAGGCAGGGGGUGAUGGGGAGUUGUCGAUUCAGGAAGGACGGGAGCUGGUUAUAUUGGAGCCAGAUACCGGCUCUGGAUGGAUCAAAGUACGAGCAGGUUACAAAGAAGGUCUCGUGCCAGCAAGUUAUGUUGAAAUGUUGGCGGUACCACCACCGUCCCUUGCGCCGCAGCACACGGGUCAGUCGGCGAGACCACCAUCUACCUACUCUAACAGUGGUUCGUCGAUCGGUGGCACGGUCAAGAAGAAGGGCCCUGCUGUGGCGCCGAGGAGAGGGGCGAAGAAGCUCAAGUAUGCCGAGGCGUUGUAUGAUUACACGGCGCAGAGCGAUGCGGAGCAUAGCAUGACGGAGGGGGAGAGGUUUGUGCUUAUCAAGGAGGACCCAGGGGAUGGGUGGGCGGAGGUGGAGAAGGGGGGUGUGACAAAGAGCGUGCCGGCGAGUUAUAUCCAGGCUGUUUAGUGGAUGGUCGGGGCGGUGGUUGAGUAUAGUGGGAAUGAGUGGUGAUGGGCAGGAUACCGCGGGGGGUGGUAGUGGGCUUCUUUCUCCCAAGAUGGGGGUUGUACAUAGAUUCUGUCGUAUAUCCACAUGCCUGGUGGUAGAUGGCGAUGAAUUGGUGAGGACGGUUGUGUCAGAGGGUAGCAUGUUUAUAGUGUUUGGGACCUGGAUUGGCUCUAAACAGCUGGGAUUAUAUUGA